AUGCUCCUUCUCGACUACCAGAACGUUCUCAUUCAGAACGUUCUGACAGAAAGAUUUGCCAUAGAUGCCCCUCCCACGACGAUUGAUCAGACCGUGUCCGAUUUCGACGGCGUGAUCUUCCACAUUUCGACCCCGGAGACCAAGACCAAGAUUCACAUCUCUAUUCAGAUACGAUGCUUUAAGGACCUUGUCCAGUACGGUGCUCAGGAGGUACUCGAAAGGGAGUACGGACCAUUCGUUGGCCCGACGGAGCCCGGCUAUGACUUCUCUGUCGUGGUCGACCUGGAGAACCUGCCGGAGACGAAGGAGGAACGCGACGCGUUGGCCCUGAAAUUUGCCCUCCUGAAACGCAACGCCAUGGCAGCCCCGUUCGAGCAGGCCUACCAGGAGUACUACAAACUCAAGGAGGAAGCGUCCAAGUUUACGUCCGAAGAUGCACCCCAGGGUGUUCGCGAGGGAGGAACUGUCAAGGCCAUUCACUACCGUGAGGAAGAGUCCUUCUACGUCAAGGCCAGCCACGACCGAGUUACUGUCAUUUUCAGCACAAUCUUCCGAGAGGAAACGGACAGAGUUUUUGGAAAGGUCUUCAUUCAGGAAUUCGUAGACGCUCGCCGGCGAGCUAUCCAGAACGCGCCCCAGGUGCUCUUUAGAAACGACCCGCCUCUAGAGUUAGAGGGCAUCCCUGGAGUGCGAAACACUGGCGGCUCGGAUCAGGUUGGAUACGUCACCUUUGUCCUCUUCCCCCGACACCUGACUCCGCAGCGUAUGGAGGAGGUCAUCUCCCAUAUCCAGACAUUCCGAGACUACUUCCACUACCACAUCAAGGCUUCCAAGGCUUACAUCCACUCCCGCAUGCGCAAGCGUACUGCUGAUUUCCUGCAAGUGUUGCGCCGCGCCCGUCCGGAGAACGAGGAGAAGGAGAGGAAGACGGCCAGUGGCAGGACCUUCAAGGUCCAACAGGGGAACUAA